AUGGUUUAUAAAGCUUACGUAUGUUAUGGUCGUAACAAAUGGUUAAUGGUUCUUGGCUGUCUCAUUAAUGCUGGAUACAUUGCUUUGAUUUCCAUCUAUGCUUCUGUUGGAAAAGUACCUACAUCUAAAGAUAUCUUUGGAAAUUGUGUGAUGAAUUACCUAGACUGGCCGGCUUUGGUCAAACUAGGCUUAGAUAUUGCUAGCAACACAUUCUUAAGUGUAGUCUUUCUUAUUGUGAUCUACCGAUAUUAUAAAGUGUUUAGCAAUAGUUUGUAUAAAUCGCUCUUGGCGAAUGGUGUAAUUUUUUCGGUUGGUGUGAUUGUUUCCAAUAUUGUUACGGCUAUACUUAUUUCCUGUCGUAUUAUGGGUGGAUUAUCGGCUGACUUGUAUUGUUUUGAUUGGGUAAUUACCAGUUAUCUUCUUAUAAAGCAGUUUAAGGUCAGCAAUCAACAGAAGGAAACGGAUAUCUUUGACAUGGUUCCGCCUAUCAGAACAGGUGAUGAAGAAAGCGAAUCUAGCAGCAAUCGUGAAAAAGAAUUUGAUGUUGUACAAGAUGAAAACCUUGCAAAAAGCUCAUCAAAGUCAAAUAUCUUAGUGAUGGCUGAGGCUAAUAUUGAUGAUAAGACGCAAAAUAGUGUGGGUUACGAAACGCCAUUUCAAUCGACAUUAACUUCCACUGUGACCGGCACAACGAUCGCCACUCAUAUGAAUACUACGCAGCUCCAUAAAUAA